GUGCGGGUGGGGCGGGCGUCGUCACCCUGCGCGCGUCUUGAGCAUAACUCAACAUCCAGCCACAACCUUUUUGUACCUGGAAUCCGUCACUUAUUGAUUCUAAUGCUUAGAUCCCGCCGCCAUCUACGAGGCCAUUAUGAGUCGAUUAUCGCUUCUAGCAACUUUUGUACAAAGCCUACGUACUCAUGUGGCUGGUGUUGAGAGCAUUUCAAGAACGCUUCCUCCCCACCGCUCCUGGAGUUGAUCCCUUCAUCAGAUCUUCUCCAGACCAGUCACCUAUCUUAUUAUAGCAUCUAUCGUCAGACCGAACAGAUAGGGCGAAUUGCCACUUAAACCGCACUCCACGCAUCAUGCUUUCUCAAUGCACUACAUGGUUGACACUGCUGCUGGUAGCAUCCAGAACAAUCGCUCAAACAACGACAUCUUGCAAUCCUACAGAAAAGACCUGCCCCGACGACACAGCCCUUUCCUCCAGCACCUACACCCACGACUUUACCACUUCUGGAGCCGACGAUGACGCCUGGAACAUCACCGCUGGCAACGUAACAUAUACCUCUUCGGGCGCCGAAUUCACCAUCACCAAAUCCGGCGAUGCGCCUACCAUCCAAUCAAAAUGGUACAUCUUCUUCGGCCGCGUCUCCUUCUUCCUCAAAGCCGCACCAAGCACUGGCAUCGUAUCAUCCGCCAUCCUCGAAUCCGACGACCUCGACGAACUGGACUGGGAGUGGCUCGGCGGCACCGACUACGUCUCCAAGGUACAGAGCAACUACUUCGGCAAGGGCAAUACAACGUCCUAUGACCGCGCGGCUUGGGCUGCUGCGAGCGACACGCAGACGACGACGCAUAAUUACACCAUCUCCUGGACAAGCAGCGAAACGACCUGGUAUGUCGAUGAAGUUGCGAUCAGGACCUUGAACUAUGCGGACGCGGUCAGCGGAACGAAUUACCCCCAGACACCGAUGAACAUCCGCAUCGGAAUCUGGGCAGGCGGCGAUUCCGGGAACGAUGAGGGCACGAUUGAGUGGGCGGGCGGAGAAACGACGUACAGUGACGGGCCAUUCACCAUGUAUCUUGAGAAGAUCGAGGUCGUGAACGACAACCCUGGGAGUAGCUAUUCGUAUGGCGAUUUGACGGGAGACUACACGAGCAUCAAGGUCAACGAUGCGGAUGAUUCGAGUUCAAGCUCGAGUGCCAGUUCGUCUUCGUCUUCUAAGGAUACGGAGAGCGGGUCGUCGACGGCGACGGUAGCGGCUUCUGGUACGUCAACAGGUACACAGACGGGUAUGUGGUGGACUGCGAGUGCAAGUGCGGCACUCGCACAAGCUGCUACAAGUCGUGCUUCUACCCUAUCGCUGAAUGUCUGGCAAUAUGGGUUUCUUGGUAUGCUGAUGCUUCUAGCAGUCGUUCGGUAGCUGGACGGAGGCC